CCCGCGCUCUCUAUGGACGUCAAAGCGGCCCCCAACGGGGUGGCCACCAUCGAGGACCGCAUCCUGCGGAUCACCGGCUACUAUGGCUAUUACCCGGGUUACUCCAGUCAGAAAAGUACCUCCAGGCCAUCAGUCACUCGAUGUAAGCCAGGAGCCAACUGUCCCAGUUCACACAGUGGCAUCAGUAGACAACUGUCUCCUCUGUCUAUCACCGAGGAUUCUUCUGCUCCCAUCCUUGAACUUCAGAGCCGAGGAUCCUCUGGAGUUUGUGGACAUAGAGUAGAGAGACAGAACAGAUCAGGGGACGAUGGGACACAGACUCAUCCUGAGAACAGCAGCCAAGAAAACAGAAUCAAGGCUCGCUGCCUGUCCUGCACGUCCGUGGUUCUGAAGGCUGUCUGGGGACUCUUGAUCAUCUUGUCAGUUUCUUCGUCUUGGGUUGGAACCACACAGAUUGUAAAAAUCACUUAUAAGAACUUCUACUGUCCAUUUUUCAUGACAUGGUUUUCAACAAACUGGAACAUUAUGUUUUUUCCAGUCUAUUAUUCUGGUCAUCUGGCCACUGCUCAAGAAAAGCAAUCUCCAAUGAAAAAAUUCAGGGAAUGCAGUCGGAUUUUUGGUGAAGAUGGUCUAACUUUGAAGCUCUUUCUUAAAAGAACUGCUCCCUUUUCUAUUCUAUGGACUUUGACAAAUUACCUGUAUUUACUGGCUUUAAAGAAGCUGACGGCCACAGAUGUCUCUGCUCUGUUCUGUUGUAACAAAGCCUUUGUCUUCUUGCUGUCGUGGAUUGUGCUGAAAGACAGGUUCAUGGGAGUGAGGAUAGUUGCCGCAAUAAUGGCGAUUACUGGCAUUGUCAUGAUGGCAUAUGCAGAUAAUUUCCAUGCUGAUUCCAUCAUUGGUGUGGCUUUUGCAGUGGGCUCAGCCUCCACGUCUGCAUUAUAUAAGGUUUUGUUUAAGAUGUUUCUUGGAAGUGCCAACUUUGGGGAAGCUGCACACUUUGUCUCCACCAUGGGUUUCUUCAACUUGAUCUUCAUCUCCUUCACCCCGGUCAUCUUGUAUUUCACCAAGGUGGAGCACUGGUCCUCUUUUGCAGCUUUGCCUUGGGGCUGUCUCUGCGGGAUGGCUGGACUAUGGCUGGCUUUCAACAUCCUGGUGAAUGUCGGUGUGGUGUUGACAUACCCGAUCCUUAUCUCCAUCGGCACCGUGCUCAGCGUUCCUGGAAAUGCAGCUGUGGACCUCCUGAAGCAGGAGGUGAUAUUCAAUGUCGUCCGCCUGGCUGCUACCAUCAUUAUCUGCCUGGGGUUCCUGCUGAUGCUGUUGCCUGAGGAGUGGGAUGAGAUCACCCUGAGAUUCAUCAACAGCCUGAAGGAAAAGAAGAGCGAGGAGCACGUGGAGGACAUGGCUGAUUCCAGCGUGCACCUGAGGAGCAGGAGCAGGGCCAAUGGGACAGUGUCUAUACCACUGGCUUAAGAGGGACACAAUUUGAAUGCACGUUGUAUGUAUAUUCUGUGAAUAUAAUCAAAUUUUCUCACUACUUGUACACUCAAAUGACAGUAUUAACUCUGAAUUUGGAUAAAUUAUAUGUAAAAUAAUGCCAAUGAUAAAAGUUUACAUUUAUAUGCUUAUCA